CAACGCACACAACGCUCUCGAAAAAACUCAUAAUACAACUUCCUCUUUUUGAGCCCAGAAAAGCAGACGAGAAAGAAUCGCCAAACCCCACACUUCUUUACCCCAACCAAUCGUUAUUCCCCAGCCCUAAUUUUCCCGAGGAAAUCCCAGUAAGAAAAUCCCAGAACCAACUAAAGAAAACAACAAUACUUUCUUCUUUUUUUUUUUUUUUCAAUUUCCUUAUGUGAUGCAUCAGAAGAAAUCAGAAGCUCAGAUCGGAAAAGAAAGCAGCGGCGUCUCUUCCGAUUUCAACCCAGCCCCUCCACUUUUCUUCCAUUCUCAUCAUCAACAUCAUCAUCAUUAUCCUCGCAAUCCGUCUUCUUCUUUGUCUCAUUCCUCAAUCUCAAUUCAAUCCGUUACGAACGACGAUAUCAACGCUCAGUUUCACCCCAAAAUUCAGUUACCGCCAUAUCCAUCUCAAGGUCUUGCUCCUAAUGAUCUAACGAUCCCUCCCACGACGCCGUAUAAGCGUCCCCUUCUGACCCACAACGCUUCUUCUCUCUCUAAAUCGCCGACUCUUUACAAGUUCCCCACUGCCAAGCAGAACCCAUCUCUCAAUUCCCUCUCUUUCUCCGCCAAGACCGCCGCUUUCCGCCUCGUUCGCCGCCUCAACCGCCUCCGCCGGCUCGUGAUUCUUCUCUCUCUGCCUUUCUUUUAUUUCCUCGUCUCCCAUCCCAGCCACUCUUUCUUGCUUGAUUUUCUAUCCGCUUUCGCCUUCUCUGCUGCUCUCCUGUUCUCGCUCAAUCUUGCGCUCCCUCGCCUUCCGUCGAUUCGAUUGUUCCUCUCGCGGUCUCUCCCGCUAAAACUCAAGUCCAGACCGCCUUUGCCGGUGUUUUGGUCAAUUGGUUCUCGGCCGAAAUCGGAUAAGAGAGUGAAUUCCGGUUGCUGGGUUCAGGUAUACCGAAACGGCGACAUUUACGAGGGUGAAUUCCAUAAGGGAAAGUGCUCUGGGAGCGGAGUGUAUUAUUAUAACAUGAGCGGGAGAUACGAAGGGGAUUGGGUUGACGGGAAGUAUGAUGGCUAUGGGGUUGAGACUUGGGCUCGAGGGAGCCGUUACCGAGGCCAGUAUAGGCAGGGACUGAGGCACGGAUUCGGGGUUUAUAGAUUUUAUACCGGUGAUGUUUAUGCCGGGGAAUGGUCUAAUGGGCAGAGUCAUGGGUGUGGUGUUCAUACAUGUGAGGAUGGGAGCCGUUAUGUUGGCGAAUUCAAGUGGGGCGUUAAGCAUGGGCUUGGUCACUACCAUUUCAGAAAUGGGGAUACAUAUGCUGGAGAGUAUUUUGCUGACAAGAUGCAUGGCUUUGGAGUUUAUCAAUUUGCCCAUGGUCACCGUUAUGAGGGAGCCUGGCAUGAGGGUAGAAGACAAGGCCUUGGGAUGUACACAUUCAGAAAUGGCGAAACACAAUCUGGCCACUGGCAAAAUGGAGUGCUUGAUAUUCCAAGCACACAAAAUACAACUCACCCUGUUUCUCCCGUUGCUGUUUAUCAUUCCAAAGUACUCAAUGCAGUCCAGGAAGCAAGAAGAGCAGCUGAGAAAGCUUAUGAUGUGGCCAAGGUUGACGAAAGGGUGAGCCGGGCUGUGGCAGCUGCGAACAGGGCAGCAAAUGCAGCUAGAGUAGCAGCAGUUAAAGCUGUCCAGAAACAAAUGCAUCAUAGUAAUGAAAGCACUCCUAUUCCCGUCAUGUGAGAACCCCAACAGAGUAACAGCAACUCUCGACUAGUAAAAAAAAUCCAUCACGUGGUAACAUUAAGAUUCCGGCUUCUGCGGUUUCUUUUUCCGAGUAGCUUCAGCUUCAUGUUCUGUCCUCAGCAUCUCGCUUUGAGAGGAUAAAAUUUGAGUGCCUCUCCGACUCGUUUGCAGUGAGCACGGAAAUAGUAAUCUGAAGAGGUGUAACAAAGCCCAUCUAUAUUGCCUUUAGAAAAAUCUUAUGUAUACAGUCAAAAUAUAUAGAGCGAAAAUGGCAGCCUCUACAAGUUCAUAGGGAGAGGGAUGGCGAUCAUGGCAUCCUUUUUUUUAUUAUUUUUUCUUUUCUUCAAGUGUCACUAAUUUUGCUUUUCAAUAUUUUGGUUCAUUUUUGUAAAGAUGAGUUAGAUGUAAUGUGAGGGAGCUGGCGCCUAGGUUAAGUCUGGAGUCAGCCACUGUUAUAUGUGAAAUUGUUGCCAUUUUAACCAGUACUGUUAUAUCCCAAAGAGAGUUAUGAAAUAAUAACAAUGGUAUAUAACCAAAGAGCAUUUGGUUAACUGUUCA